AACUCUUUUGCCAUUAUUUUCUUGCCAUGACAACAGAACCAGGUAGCAGCGGCAGAAGUGGCUUUGCCAUUGCAAUCUCCAUCAGUGAUGGCGCUGAGGUGUCGCUAGAAGGACUCCGACAGCACCUUCGAGAGGCUCUUUCUACGGAAAGCAGAGAAAUCCAGGAUAUUCCACUCGCAAAAGGGAGCGACGACACUGCUUGCAUCCAUGGAACCAUUGUUCUUCAUCGCGAGGUGGAAGAGGAGCAGGCCCAAGACUAUGUGCAACGUUUGCACCAGUCGACAUAUCAAGACAAACUAAUGGAAGCUCAACUAAUCAGCGUUUCAGAGGAGGAGGAAGGAGAAGAGGAGGAAGAAGAAGAAGCUGAAGAGUACGAUGGGAAGCAGAUUUUGAAGCAGAGCAGGCAAGUUUCCGUCAGGUUCUUUGAUUGGUUGCACUCUCAAGACUUUGGUGAUAAUGAGGCUGUUGAUUUGCGUGCCAUAGAACGUGACGCCGUGCAUCAUCUGUUUGUGGCAUUUGCCCAGAAACAUCUUCCCUCGUUGGCAGAACUGCAACAGAUAAGAUUGGAAGCAUUGGUCAUGACAGCUUUGCGAAAUCAAAGCCUCUUAAGAACCAAGAAAUACGGUGGUGGAGUCAUCAUGUGCUCAUUCGCCAUGGCAGACAAAGUGACAUUUGCUCCCUUGCAAGAACGAAAAUCUGCGAGAGAAAAAGCCCUUGAUAUGCGCCGGGAAAGCAUGACCAACAAAGGUGGAGUUAUAGUGGAAGAGGAGUUUACGACCAUUCCAGAGGGGCCUGUACUGCCUAUCCAUCAAGACGUUACAGUAUCGAUAACUAUGGAACAAAGCACCGAGAGACCCAUAGAAUUGAAGCAAGUUACUCUGGGGGGCAGUCACAAGAAACUGUUCCAGGUGGUUACACAAACACCAAUUGUUCUUACGUCAGACUCCAAAACGACCUUUCAGCUUUCCUGUCGGGCCAAGAGUUCUGGUGCUCUCCGAGCCAAUGUGACGUUUUUGUUUGAGAAUCACGAUGGCAAACAGUUCGCUGUCCUUCGCUCUGUGCUUUUGCGCUCCGGAGACUCCAAAAUGUACGAAUUGCUCAAGCCCACGACGCCAUACGUCAAGAAGAACAAGAAGCAGAAGAAGCGCCAGAGCGAAGACCUGCAUACGGAAAAGGAGAAAGUUUUGGACCCACCACGGACGCGAGAUGGUGGACAUUUCAGUUACAAAGGUCUCAAGAGUUUCAAGGUUCCAGUCGACGUUAGAGAAUUGGUCGAAAAGAACGAAAUCGAAUCCGCCCUCGUCCCUCCAACCUACGCCACAACUAGCUACGCAUCAUCCGCGAAAGAACUCAAGAAAACCUAUUCGACGUUUUGGCAAUCCCUUUUAUGGACUAGUGAGCUUCAAGCCUACGAAGAUAUCAAGCUUUUUGACAUUGAGAAAGCCAAGCUAGAGAAACAGGGAGGACUCUUCAAGCUUUACGUUUCCGGUCUUGCCGAGGGUCGACCAUCCGUCUUGAGAGGCGAUGUUGUCCUCUGCUCGUGGAAUAGAAAACUGUACCGAGGCCGUGUCGUCGCGGUGGAGCUACUGGAUGUUCUGAUGGAGUUCCACAAGUCCUUCCAUCGUAGUUUCAACGUCAGUGUCGAUCGAGUGGAUUUGGUACGAUUCACCUUCGGUCGGACGGCAUUUCGGACAUCGCAUACAGGAGCCCUGUUCGCCCCUCAGCGUAUGGGUCCCGACAUGCUCAUGCCGCAACUGAGCCAUGCUCAUUGGAUUAGGAGCAAUCAAGAGAGACGAGACCAUCGCUAUUGUCCCGAUUCCUUCCGAUGGACGAAACCUUUGAACGAGAAACAAAAGCAAGCUGUCCAGCAGAUUGUCAAGGGAAGUCUACGACCCAUGCCAUCCAUCAUCUUUGGACCACCGGGAACUGGUAAAACAACCACGAUGGUAGAAACAGUCUACCAACUCGCCAAUUUGCACACGUACGACCGCACUCGACAAAACGGAAAGCUCAAGAUUCUCUUGGUAGCUCCGAGCAACGAUGCCACAGACUUGCUGGUCGAAAAGCUUUCUCCUUUUUUCCCUCCAUCGGAGCUGAUUCGUGUAUUGGCGUAUACACGCUCCAUUGAUCAAGUGCCGACUGUUGUCCGCCCCUACUGCCACGAAGGAUCGGUCACCGAUGUGCAGAUUGUGGUUACGACCCUUUCCAUGGCGGCGAGAUUGUGGUGCACGGGCAACGACAUGAAACGAGGUCAUUUUGAUGUUCUCUGUGUGGAUGAAGCUGGCCAUGCAACAGAACCCGAAGUGAUUGCAGUUGCCGCCACUAUUAUGAACUGGAGAGGCAAGAAUCCUGGGCAGCUUGUGUUGGCCGGAGAUCCGAUGCAGUUGGGUCCCGUGGUAAGCUCACAAGUCUGCGAAAAGUUUGGCAUGCAACAAUCCUUCAUGGAGCGGUUGGUCAAGACAAGCCCGGCGUAUGCUUUGAACGAGAAGGACGAGUAUCCACAGGAUCUUGUGACGCUUUUGGUCAGCAAUUAUCGCUCUCAUCCGGACAUUCUCAAGCUUCCCAACGAAAUGUUCUAUCGCAAUCAGCUGAUUCCCUGUGGCGACCGCCUGUCGACGCACUCCAUGGUGAAAUGGGAGUACUUGGCAAAGAAGGGCUUUCCUGUCAUGUUCCACGCCAUUGACGGUGAAAACAUGCGUGAGGGAAACUCUCCAUCUUGGUUCAAUCCCCAGGAAGCGGAGCAGGUAGUGGAGUACGUGAAAAAGUUGGUGAAGGAAUCCAAACCUCCCAUUCGCGAAGAGGACAUUGGCAUCAUCACGCCGUACGCUCGUCAAGUCCAAAAAAUCCGACUGGCACUGCAGCAAUCCAAAGUUGGUGAUGUCAAAGUUGGAUCGGUGGAGACAUUUCAAGGUCAAGAACGCCGUGUGAUUAUCAUUUCCACGGUUCGAUCGGAACAGGACCUGCUUUUGCACGAUCUCAAGUACAAUCUAGGUUUUGUCUCGAACGAGAAACGCUUCAAUGUGGCCGUGACUCGCGCCAAGGCAUUGUUAGUAGUGAUUGGUAAUCCUCGCGUACUACAGACAGACGAAGAGCAUUGGUUACCAUUGCUUCGUUUCUGCCGUGACAAUGGUUCCUGGAUGGGUGAUGAGUGGGACGAAGAUGCUACCGACUCUGACGAAGAUGGCUUUGAUGUGGUGACAAACAGUGAUGCGGAGGAACCAACCGGUGCUGAGUGGGAGGUCGUGCCCGACAACGAGGCUUGUGGUUACAUCAAUCGCGAGGAAUAAUCCAAAGUACGGGUAGCAUCUGUAUCUUCUGUUUCUAUAGAAAACUGAACUCUUGCUAUAACCAGUUAGUCAGUUGUCUAGUUUGAGAAGGGCAAACCCUCCCUGGAACGAGAAUAUAAAAUAUAGAAGAUGAUGAUUAUGCAU